AAAAAAUCCAAUAAAACAUCCGCACAUGACAUUUGAACAUUCACUCUUGAGGUGUGCCGCAUGGAGGCGUCUAGCCCCGCCCGCAUGGCCUCCGCCGAGCUGCGGGCUACGGUGUCAACGCUGCCGGUGCAUCAGGAGCAGAGCAGCAGCAGCGACAGUGACAGCGACGUCGAACAGUCCACAAGAAGCGCCAAAGCCAAGCACAUAAACCGUCAACGCUCCAACAACUCCAGGUUCUUACUGGUACCGCGCUCCUCAAGCCUCGGAUACGAGCCCCGCAGGCCUCUCGCAGAGACUGGAGACCCAUGUAUGCUAGCUGCAAGCGAGAGCGACGAAGUGACGAGUCUAGACGCGCUGGAAUCAGAUACAUCCGAGCAGAAUCAGAACCAGGAGCCUGUAGACAUUGUCGUGGACCAGGAGGACGUACCAAGCUCACAGAUGUCGCUGUCUACACGCUCUCAGCUUGGUUAUGAGUCAGCUCCAUCCUCUUCGGGUCUGGAUCCGCUCUCUACGGCCGAGAGGGACUCUAUUAGUUUGAUCAAGAGGGAAGUUCUGAGACCUCCAAAACGAUCUGGAUUACCAGAGAUGACGAGCAGCAGAGGAGAAGAGAGUAAUAGAGGAGGGCCCACUAGAAGAAAGCAAGUGCCUUAUGCCUGGAUGCUGGCCAAAUUGGGGCAGAAGACGAGGAGGAAGAUCGGAGAUAUCCGGAAUUCCUACUUUGCAGGCUGGUUGGUGGCCUGUUCGUUGUUUGUGGUGCUGUUGAAUACCUUUGCUAUCGCUAUUGUGCAGCUCACGUACGAUCCAGAGGGUAAGAUUGGAGAAGACGCUGAUACACGACGACAGUGCCGACAUUGGCUAAAAUUACUGAUGACGAUGCACUUUUUGGGCCUCCCGAACAUUCUAUUGAUCGCUCCUGUGGUAUUUCCCAACGAUUUCUUCUCGCUGUAUCGAGCAAAGGACAAGAGGAUGAUUCGAAGGCCGUAUUUGCUGUUCUGUGAGAUGAUCGUGACGAUUCAACUGGGAUUCAUGAUGUACGUCGCAGUGAACCAGUUGCUGAACGUGCCGGUGAUUGUGGAUUGCCAUAGCGAGCUGAAACCACGACAAAUUGUGUUGUUCUACUCCGCGACGGUGCUUUGGUUGGUGCUUCUUCGUCAGAUCAUCGUCUUCUGUCGCUUUUUGACCCAUUUAAAACUUCAAGCGGAUAGUUCCAACGAUUCUUCCCACACUUCAGCAUUUGGCAACUGGUUCAGAGCUCUGAAGGCGAUCCCUAUUAGAAGCGAGCGCACGAGACUUGUGAAGGAAUUCAAGAAACUUCUGUAUCGUGCAGUCGCUCGUGGUGAUGUCCUCACGGUAGAAACGCUGCUAUCUGAGGCAGAAUCCAAGUACAAGAUCAACCGGCUGCAAGAUUUGUACAAACCUCCUGUCUUGUGGUUCUAUGCUUUCGCGAAAUCAAGGAAGAACCCACUGCACAUCGCCGUUAAGCGAGGCAACAUCAGGAUUGUGGAGCUCUUACUCGAACAUGGAAUGGACGUGAACGUACUGGACAAAGUGGUGCGCGUGAAUUUUAACGUUGGACUGGUGUUCAAGAUCAUCAGUCGCAUACUGGUUCGAACACAAGACGGACUUCGAUCUCCUUUGAAGACAGUUCUAUGCUCAGUGCUGCUCCCUCCACUCCACGGUGCUGUGGCUGAAGGUUACGUUGACAUCGUGCGUUUGCUGAUCAGCAAAGGUGCCGACGUGAACGCAUUGCCACGAGCCUCGUUCUACUAUCCAGCAGCCGUCCUGCCUCCCAUUUUCGUAGCAGACGACCCACAAGUGCUUCGUUUACUUGUAGCAAACGGCGCGAACUUCCUCCAAGUUGCGUCUGUAUCUCUCGAGGGGCUUAUCCGCACAUACGCAACGCCGCUGCAGCAGAGUACCUUCACAUUGAGAUCAGAUCUGAGCGACUAUCUAUUGGAGUGUGGCGGUGAUGUAGCGCUGACGCCACUUCACCAGGCUGCAGCCACCGACAACGUUGGGAAGAUCAAGUGGCUUCUGGCUCGUGGCAUUCGCGUUGACACCUUAGGAGAACGCGUUGAAGGUGUGCACCGUCGUACGCCACUACACUGGGCCGCAGUUGUGGGCAAGGUGAACGCCGCUAAGCUGUUGCUGAAGAAAGGAGCUAAUCCCAACGCGAAAGACCGUGAUGGCCGCACGCCGCUGCAUUGGGCGGCCAGAAACAACCACGACGAGGUGGUAUCUUUACUGCUGGCGUACAACGCAUAUCCUGAUGCCACUGACGAUGAAGGAAUCCCUGUCGUGUGCUUUGCUGCUGAAGCUGAAGGCGUGGAGUCGUCGAUUUUCUCGAACCUUGUAGCGGCAGGCGCGAGUCUUAAGACUCAAGUGUCGGGAGGAAAUACUGCGCUCCAUAUCGCUUUACAACGAGAAAACAGACAGACGGCAGUGUCGUUGAUCAAGUGUGGAUCCAGUAUGAUGAUCACAAAUGACUCUGGCAAGCGAGCAGUGGACUGUACGACGUCGACGGAGCUGCAGUUUUUGCUCAAGAAAGAGGCCGGGACUCGCAAGAUUAUGAUAUCGUACACCCACACGCAUGCGCAAUUUGCGUCCAAAGUCCGUGAGCAUCUGGAGACGCAGGAACAGCUCACGUGCUGGAUGGAUACGAUGGAUCCCAGCGGUAUCGGUGGUGGCGCUGUCUGGCGAGAGGAGAUCGCGCGUGGUAUCCAUAACUGCUCACUUGUGCUGAGUAUUGUAUGCGAUGGCUACACUAAAUCUGAAUGGUGUCUGAAAGAGCUUGCACUCGCGAAGCUACUUCGUAAGCCAGGUACAGUGUGUUCGCGUACGUUUGAUGGAUUUAUUAUUCUAUGCUGACCUUGUUGUUGUCAUUCUUUGUAGUGCUCGGUCUGAUUGUAGAGGAAGAUCAUCCUGCGUCCAUGGCAGCGUUGGAGUCACUUAUCCCGUACAAGAACCGGAUCCCUUUCAACGACUUCAUCAUCGCACGACGUCAGGAGAGUCCCAGGACGGUCAUUUUCGAUAUCGACGAUGCUGCGUUUGCCAGGAGAUGGCAAGUAACGCGUCCACUGAUGAUUUCAAUCAUGAAGGACGGACGGCAGCUGGAUAAGGAGGAGCGCGAGAACGUGGCGUCGAUUGUGCCGCGUCGAAGAAGACGUCGUCGCAAAGCAAGACUUGCCGCUAUCCAACAAGGUGAAGACAUGUCCAGCACUGAUGAUGAAGGUGCCAUCGCUUCUGGUAAAUCAGGUGAGGAGCCUUUGCUCAUUUAUUCCCCGCUUGGUGCUGCGAGUCCUCUUCGAGUCAGAGUGAAGGCAGAUCUUGAAUGUUUUGGAUUCCCGUGUCGUGAUCUGGAUGAAACUCGUCUAGUUCAGCAGAUGAGCACUUGUCGGGCUGUGGUUCUACUUGUUGAAGUGCCUGUUUCUACGGGAGAAAAGGGAUCAGACGAAGCCAAGGCAAGCAGACUUGUGCGAAAGCAGCUGAUUGCUUCGAUGACUCGCAUUGUAACGGCAGCCCAGACUGUCAGUCCGCGAAAAAGCGUCUACCCAGUGCUCGUGCAGAACAAUUUCCUUGACCUCAGCAAGAUGUACACUCUUGCGCGAUCGGAGCUUUUCUAUUUCGUGGACGGUGGCGGCUGGUCUCGUAGUGUUGGACGAUUGGUAGAUCAUCUCCGACUGAAACAGGAACGGACUAGCAGCAGUGGUGUCGUGACCGGAUAGUUGGUAUCUGACCUUGCUACUGGAAAGAUACAGACUGCUUUAUCAUAACGGAAGGGGUCCCCAAUGUGUCCGACGGGAAACGGAUGUCAUGGCUACGGGAAAACGAUCCGUACGAUCCUACGAAGCAUUUGAAAGCGCCAAGAUCGAUAGCAAAGGCAAGACGAAAGAGGAGAGACCUGGAUCAAUGCCUGACGAUCCAAUCUAUAGGAUGCUCUUAGCUUUGAACGUGAGAUUGGACCCCUGCGCUGCCAAAGAUUCCGAGAUACUGCUGUGAAGGGAUCUUCUUCCCGUCUACGUGCUCUCAAAGCUGGUGGGGAGGGGGCAGUGACUUUAAUACCUGAUCAAGUACUAGGCAGCACGGGUGGAGCUCAGACGAAGAAAUAUUUCCCGCAAAGACGUUCCGAUUCUUGUCUGGAUCCGAUAUACCAUCAAGAGGGAGAUGAUGCAACGGCAACAUUAAAUGAAAUUUUAGUGUGAAGAUGCCCGCUUGUUGCAGCUGGACAAACCACGCAAUUUGAAAAUCCGGACUUAUAUGCGUGGAAGAACAAUGACAGGCUUCGGGGUUGAGCGAGUACAACGUGUAUUGCGGUAAGAGCUCCUCAUCGUAUUGUAGCUACGAAUGUCUAGUAUAGUCGCAAAUUGUAUAAACAAAGUAGUGAAGAUUUUACACUUGAUGCCGACUGUACCAGUUUGCUGAUAACUUACAAGCACUAACAAAAUAUUAUUCUUUAACAACAUCUUGAGAAGGAAAC